GCUCUGCCCAACGCAGACAAGCUCCGCCCACAAGAGGGUCGCUUCGCUCCCAGUUUCUACUUUACCGGGGUACUUGCAACCUUUGACCGCUCGCACCGGAAAUGCUACGAAUGUGCCGGCCCUUUGCAUGGCGAGCCUUCUGAUUUUGGCUGCCGCAGUGGGAGCGGUGACGAUCUUGCUGGUCCAGAGACUAUGGGCUGUGCUUCAGUUCCACCACGUCACUCCUCGAGAGUCUCUCGGACUCUUGAUAGUAGCCGGAUCCGGUGGACAUACCACGGAGAUGCUGAGGCUGGUUGGAAGCUUGUCCCGUGCUUACUCCCCUCGGCAUUAUGUCAUCGCUGAGUCUGAUGGGAUGAGUGCCAGCAAGAUUCAUUCUUUUGAACGUUCCCGAGCCGAGAGAGACUCGACUGCGGAGUGCCCCCAAUACCACCUUCACCGAAUUCCGAGAAGCCGGGAGGUUCAGCAGUCCUGGCUCUCCUCCAUAGUCACCACCUUGCACUCCAUGCGGUUUUCCUUUCCCCUGGUUCACCAGGUAAAGCCAGAUUUGGUGCUGUGUAAUGGACCAGGAACAUGUGUGCCCAUCUGUGUGUCUGCCCUGCUCCUUGGGAUACUUGGAAUCAAGAAAGUGAUCAUUGUCUACGUCGAGAGCAUCUGCCGUGUGGAAACUUUAUCCCUGUCUGGGAAGAUUCUUAGGCACCUCUCUGAUUUCUUCAUUGUUCAGUGGCCGACUCUUAAGGAGAAAUACCCCAAGUCUGUGUACCUUGGGCGAAUUGUUUGACAAAUGUAACUUAAGAGUCUUGAGAAUUCCGUAAUUACCAAUAAUAUUUACUAUACUAGCUGUCCUUUUUUCUGGAGCUGAGGAUCGAACCCAGGGCCUUGCGCUUGCUAGGCAAGCACUCUACCACUGAGCUAAAUCCCCAGCCCCUAUAAUAGCUAUCUUUAUUGUAAAGUUUUCCAGAAGCCCCAAGAGUUAUCAGUGGUGAAGAAUUUAAAGUGUGAAGUAACUCAGUGAAGAAAGACAGACAUCAACACAGAGUACUAUGCUAUGUCUGUGCACUAAGUAUUUUUCCAAAUAAAAGAGUAGAACAUUGCUGGCA